UUAAUACAAACUAGAAUAAGAAUGUACAGUUUCUUCAUCUUCCCAUUAACUUUUGGUGGAUUAUUUUGUUUUCUCUACUUAUCUUUCUUUAUCCAUAUCACGCGAUAUUCCUCAAAUUCACUGCCAACGACAAGAAGAAGAUUGUACCUCAGAGGAAUUGGUUCAGGGCUUCUUUUAACUACAUUGUUACGGAAUAAAGUUUUGGGUUACAAUUUUUGGCUGGGCCGGCCGGACUUUUACAGGGCUACGCUGCAACAAUACAGGGUUUGUGACAAUUUUCAAGGCUUAAUUAGGUUUACGGAAGUCUUGGAACCAGGCUUGGUGAAAGGUCUAAUUUUUAAUCAGGGUGGACUUGGAGAGUGGAUGAGAAUUGUGGCUUGCAUUCUGCUGGGUCUUUCUAGGGUUUCACGAAUUGAGGAAAAAAUAUAAUGUGUAUACUAUGUGUUGCUUCGCGGUGGUCGCGGCGAAUUGUGGCCAUGUUGCCAUGGCUGGUGAUUCCUUUGAUUGUACUCUGGGCAUUCUCUCAGCUGUUGCCACCUGCAUUUAGGUUUGAGGUGACUUCACCAAGGUUGGCUUGCCUUUUUGUGAUUUUUGUCGGUCUUGGUUGGUAUGAGAUCUUAAUGCCUCGCCUUUCAGUGUGGAGAGCACGUAGGGUUGCCCUGAUGAGGGAGAGGAAGAGAAUUAAGGCGUUAGAGGCAGCAAAAUGGCGGAAAGAGGCAACUCGUAGGUGCAGGAACUGUUUGACAGCAUAUAGAGAUCAGAACCCCGGGGGUGGCAGAUUUAUGUGUACAUUUUGUGGUCACAUUUCUCGGCGGCCGGUAUUGGAUAUAUCCAAUGUUGUGCCUGAGGGAGUUGGUAGUGGGGCUGCAGGCGCAGGCAGUGAGUUAGGAGGAAAAAAUAUCAGGUUAUGGGAUGGAAAAGGUUGGCCAAGUGAUUGGUCUAGUAAUAGUUCUUGGCUGGGAGGAUCCUUUUCGGGACUAGCAAAUUAUUGGAGGGACAGGAAUUCUCUCUUAAUUUUAAGAUUUUUAGGUGGUUUCUUGGUUUGCAUCAGGUGGGUGUGGAGAAGAUUAUGCAGGGGUGCGUCUUGUGGCGGAGUUGGAGUUCCAAGUACAAGUCGCAAGGUGGGAUUGAAGAAGGGUGAAGAGGGAUUGGGUUCCCAAGAAAACAGGGGAGAAAAAGCGCGGAGGAAAGCUGAAGAGAAGAGGCAAGCGAGAUUAGAAAAGGAAAUGCUUGAGGAGGAGGAGAGAAAACAGAGAGAAGAAGUUGCAAGGCUGGUAGAGGAAAGGAGGAGAUUAAGAGAUGAGAAAUUGGAAGCUGAGAAAGUGAGUGAGAGAGAGGCAGUGGCUGAAAAGGAGCGAGAAAGCAGGAGAGAUAAGGAGUCAGAAAGAAGAAGGCAGGAGAAGAUGAAGGAGAGGGAGAAAGGUUUGGUUAAAGAUAAAUCUCUCAUUGAUUCAGAGGAUGUAAAAAAGAGGAAUUUUAAGGAAACUGAGAAGAAGUAUGAAUUAGACAAGAAAGGUGACAAAAAUUCUACAGAGGUUGGAAAAUUGGUAGAGAAUUCCAGAGUGCAAUUUGAAACAGGUUACAGAAGCAUUGACAAUGCUGUGAAGGGAGGAGUUAAUGGUUCUGUCAAGGUCAGUGGCUCUCGAUAUUUUGAUUCUGUGAAAGGAUCACCUAACACUCCUCCUAAAAGUCCAACACAUAUGACUGACGGAUCUUCCUUUUGGGGCAAGAGUCUUCGUGCUGCCUCAAGUUUUGGGAUAAAAUCUGGUAAACCAGGUAGUUCUGUAGAUAAAACUCAGACAUCAGCUGGUGAGAUUCCUAUUGUAUCAACAAGUCUCCAGUCAAAACAGAACACCAAGUCUGCUUGGAACAGAAUGGGUUGGGCUUGGGGUAAAGGUGCUUCUAGACCACUACCUAGUGCAGGUGAUUCUACAGGGAACAUGCAUGGUGGCAGUUUUGGAGGGAAGCCUAACAUAAAUGGUGUAGACAAAAACCCAGGAAUUAUACUCCAACGACCACCUGUGGGAGUUGAACUGAAAGCAGCAUCAACAGGAUCAACUAUGAGCAAACCAUGGCACCAAUUGUUCUCAAACUCAUCGGAUUCUUCCUCUGAAUCUUGUUCCACAGAUGUUGGAGAUCAAGGGGAUGAACAGUCUCAGGCUGGAACAGGAACUAUAUCUUCCUCGUUGGUAGCAACUUCAACGGGUUCCUCUCCUUUCAAUAUUUAUUUUGGAUCAUCUCCAGCUGUUUCACUUGGGUUAGCAGAUGCUACAUCAGUUUUUAGCAAUUCAGUAUUGGUUUCGGUUUCUGCAGCUGAAUCUAUGAACUCUUCAGGAAUUUUUUCAUCUCCUAGUGUUGUGCCUGUUGGAUCAUCAGUUUCAAGUGAACCUAUUCAUGCCCCGUCAUAUGUUGCAGAUUCUGUCGCCUUGCUUGGACCUGUUUCAGAGUCAUUGGACAGUUUUUCGUUGAACCCUGGAGCAAGGCAUCCUUCUGACAUUGGAAGAUCUAUUCUUUCAUCUGACCGCGUUCCUAUUGCUGGUCCAAUCAACAGACCUGGACCUAUUGAGUCCCCUAUGUCAAAAUUGUUGCCUUCUGGCAUUGUUGAUGAUAUGCACUGUGCUGGAGACCAGCUCCCCACAAUUUCAGAGCCUUGGGGUUUGCCAUCACUCUCAUUUGAUCAUACCACUUGUGCUUCAGAGCAAGGAAAGUGGCAGAUGUGGGAGACACCACAACUUGGUCAGUCUGAAAUUGGCUCUCUUCUAUCUUCAGAUUGGGAAAAAGAUUUAAUGAGGCCUCUCCCGGAAAAGGCUGUCCAAACUCCAUUCAAACCAGAAAACCAUAUUCCUUCUGUUUUCUCUCAACAAACAACCCUUGGAAUCCCUAACCAAGGUGUAGAUCCAGUAUCAAGUAGUAGUAACUUGUGGUUGCCGUUGAACAUACCGGCAUUUGGAUCAGCAGUGAAUAGCUGGGAGGGACAUGAUCGUCAUCAAUCACCUACCAUCCAUGCAAAUGGCAUUACUCAAGAGCCAACAGGAUUGACAUUUGAUUCUUCAUUUCUUGCAAAUGGUCAUUCCUAUGAGCAAUCUGCCAACAGUUUUUGGUCCAAAUUACAGUCACAAGAAGACAAAGUUGAAAACAACUGGCCUGUGGAAACAAGUGGAACUUCGACUUGGCCAACUACAAAGACAUUAACAAGACCUAAGCAUAUUGGUGGCAUUUAUACUGAUCCUGAUGUACAGUCUGUUUGGUCAUACAACUAACUUUGUUGUCAUCUCUUGAACAUUUCAAUUAAAAAAGAAUGGUUCUCAAUA